AUGGAGCCCGACGACGUUGCGGAGUACAGCCGCCAAAGCUACUGGGAGCGGCGCUAUAGCAAGGAGGCGCACUACAACUGGUUCCCGUCCGUUCAUCAGUCAGUGGUAUUGGCACUCUGUGACGAGCUCGCGAAGACAUUUGGGCUGCGUGAGGCUCAGGGUGCCGCAGUACCUGCUGAGGCCCACGCUGGCAGCCCAGUGCUGCGGGUGCUACACCUGGGCACUGGGAACUCAUCGCUUUGCAUGGACCUCUACGAGGCCGUGCGGGCGCGCCAGCUUCCAUUCACCCUGGAGCAGGUGGCGAUGGACUACGCGCCCAACGUCAUCGCGAACAUGCAGGCAAAGUACCCGCCUGGGGUGCUGCCAAACACGACGUGGAGAGUGGGCGAUGUGCGCCGUCUUGAGGAGUUUCGUUUGUUGGGCCCCUUUGACGCUAUUAUUGACAAGGGCACGAUGGAUGCGCUUGAGAGCGACAAGGACAGUCCAACGAUGGAGGAUGACAUCGGGGCCAUGCUGCGCGGCGUCGAUGGGCUAUUGCAGCACGCCAAAGGGUACGGUACUUUCAUGCAGGUAACGUGGGUUGUGCCCUACAUGCGACUGCACUACACGAGGAGGGACGCGUUCGCAUGGGGUGAUCAGGUGCGUUACACCCUGCUUGGCGAUAGCGAUAUGUACCGCCUCUUUGUGUACACCACAAAGCCGUAA